AUCACGCAUGCGCACAACAGACACGGAGUGAAUGAUGCUGCGCUCUCGGUAAAUUAACAGGACGGACAGGACAACGUGAAAGCAAAAGCUCAGUAUCGACAUUUAGCGCGUUCGCGUCAAACUAGACAACCUGUAAAGUGUUUAGUGUAUAAAAACGUACAGUGUUGGGGACUUUUAUUUUCUUCUUUAAACAUCUGUGACAGAAUGAGGUUCCCUAACAGAAAACUACACACGGCGGUGGACGGAGACGACUCGGAGCUUUCCGCAAACUUUAAAAAUCCUUUCGUGCACGAGCUGAGAUUCACUCCACUGCAGAAACUGAAGAUAGCCGUGAUGACUGUGACGCUUCUCCCUGUGCGACUGCUGCUUGCAGCGUUCAUGAUGCUGUUGGCCUGGCCCUUCGCGUUUGUGGCCACCGUCGGCCGUUCCGAGGACGCGGUAGAGCCUCUGUCUUGGUGGAGAUGGUUAGUGGAUUUGGCCUUGAAGGCCAUUAUGAGGGCCAUGUGGUUUUCCGGAGGGUUCCACUGGAUCCAUGUGAAGGGACGGCCGGCUCUACCCAGUGAAGCCCCCAUUAUUACCGUGGCCCCUCACUCAUCCUAUUUUGAUGCCAUCCCUGUUACCAUGACGAUGGCAUCUGUAGUGAUGAAAACGGAGAGCAAAGACAUUCCAGUGUGGGGCACCCUUGUUAAGUUCAUCCGGCCCGUGUUUGUGUCCCGCUCGGAUCAGAAUUCCAGGAGAAAGACCGUGGAGGAGAUCAAACGCAGGGCGUGUUCGGGCGGCGAGUGGCCUCAGAUCAUGAUAUUUCCAGAGGGCACAUGUACUAACAGAUCCAGUCUCAUCGCAUUUAAGCCUGGUGCGUUCAUCCCUGGAGUUCCCGUACAGCCUGUGGUAUUGCGUUAUCCGAAUGAGAUGGACACGAUCUCAUGGACGUGGCAGGGGCCUGGAGCAUUUAAGAUUUUGUGGCUCACGCUGUGCCAGUUACACAAUCCUGUCGAAAUAGAGUAUCUCCCUACAUAUACACCAUCAGAAGAAGAAAAAAGGGAUCCUGCACUGUUCGCCAGCAAUGUGAGGCGAAUUAUGGCCAAAGCACUGGGGUUGCCCAUCAUCGAUUACUCUUUUGAGGACUGCAAGCUUGCUAUGGCCAAAGGCCCUCUGCGUUUACCCAGACAGACCUGCUUGCUGGAGUUUGCCAGACUGGUGCGCUGUUUAGGACUGAAGACAGGGGUCACAGAUCAAGUCCUGCACGAGGAAGCCAUCAAGGUCCAUCAGAUGCCCAAAAGCAAACUUGACGUGGAGGCUUUUGCCCGGUAUCUCAACCAACCCAUGACAAAAGCAGUCCAAGACAUCUUUUCACUGUUUGAGGAGAAUGGGGUGAUGGAUGUGAAAGAGUAUGUCAUCGCUUUGUCUGUGGUCUGCAGACCUUUCAGAUAUCUGGAGACCAUUAAACUGGCCUUCAUGAUGUUUGAAGCACAAGAAGAUGGAGCUGUUGUUGAAGAUGAGUUGGCCACAAUUUUGAAAACGGCUCUGGGGGUCGGUGAUCUGGCUGUUAGUGACCUCUUCAGAGCCAUAGAUUGUAAAGACAAAGGAAAAGUCACAUAUGAUGAUUUCUGUGGAUUUAUGGAGAAAUGCCCUGAUUUUGUGGAGCAGUACCACUGUCUCCAGGACUCAGAAUCACAACACUUUCCAUCAGAGUCUCAACCUUCAACCAACGGCUUCUGUUGUGACUUCAGCCCCAGUGAUUUAAACCUUCACAGUACUGAACAUGGCAAGAAAAAAGACUGAAAACCGCUACCACUACAACUUGUCACUCUCAGUAUCUCUGUGUGUGUGAACGAGAGACGUGAUGAAGGAUGAUUUUUUAAAGCAGAGUCUAAAUAUGCAUCUGGGAACAUCACCUCUGGGAUUUUUUAGAGGUCUAUUGAAAAUCCUUGAAUAAUUUAUUUCUUGCAUAGCUUUAGUUUAUCUUCAAAGCCGUUCUUUUUCUAAAAGAAAUGAAAACAACACCUAUAACCUGAGUUUUGAUAUCUAUUUUUUUUUUUUUUUUUUUGAGAGAGGGUUUUAACAGUUGACAUAUAUAAAGUGUCAGUUUAAAACAUAAGCAUGCGGUUUGUAGAUAACAGACUGUCUUGGCUUGUUCAUCAGAGGUAAACUGAUGCUAACAGAUGAUGUUGUAUGUACCGUUGUGUAUUUUACAAAUGGAAUAGUUUUAAGAACAUUCGAGUAAGAUUCUGGUUGACUUCUUUAUAAAAAUAUUUUCAUCAAUACGACUUUUUUACAGGAGACAUGAGCAAAGAUUUCUUAUUAAAUUGUUAUUGGUUGAAGUUCA